GAGAGACCUUUGACCUCUUCCACCAUCCCGUUCCCGAGCCGACUGCCUCUGUUCAUGUUACUGCUGCUCAUGGAGAACGACUUGUACAGGCUGUCGUCUAAUGAAGACCUCCCAGCCGUCUGCAGCCUUGCUGCCGGCCUCCAUCUCCACUCUGAAUAAAGUGCCUCAGAGUCACAGAGCAGCCGGAGUCUUCUUGCUUCUCGAAGGAGGCAAAUACACCUUCAACUUCACUGCUGCCAGAGCCGCGUGUGGAUCUCUGAACGUCACCAUGGCGACCACAUCCCAGAUAGACCGAGCGGUACAGCGCGGACUGCAGACGUGCAAAUUUGGCUGGACAGCUGAAGAAGUUGCGGUUGUUCCCCGACUUACACCUGAUAAAAUGUGUGGACAGGGCAAAACCGGAGUGGUGACGUGGAAAGCAAAUCCGGAUAAAAAGUUUGGUGCCUUCUGCUUCAAUGCAUCAGAGGAAACUCCACACAGAUCAACAGCCAGCCCACAAAUCUCCACGAUCUCCACCCCACUGAUAACAGAGACCCCGACCUCAACAGCUGCCGCACCCCUGCUCAGAUCAACAACCGAGUCUCUACCUUCAAGAGGGCCGAGAACCACACAAGUGCCCCUCACCUCAGCUUUCACCCUCAUUCUCCCCUCAACACGUUCAACUGGGAUUCCCUCCACCUCCACCACUCUCAAUACCUUCUCCACCCAUAUUCCAACCUCUCUCUCUCACCGUGUCACCUCAGAACCCGCCGUGGUCAGUUCUGCCUUUUCCACCUCUGCUCACGCCCCCAAUUUCUCUGUUUCCUCUGCGUCAGCGAUGCCGUCAACGGUGAGCCCUGCAAAACCUUCUCUUGGAGAUGUACCAACAGCCCUUAUCAUUCUUGGCACCGUCCUUCUGCUCCUAACAGCAGCCGGCAUUGUGUGGUACUAUAAACUGAACAUUUUCACCUUUUGGCCUCAGGGGCAGCAGAAGGACGACAUCGAAACUGAGAUGUGGAAGCACACCGACAGUGAGAUGGACCUACAGAGCCAGCAUGAAGGAGAGGAAGAAGAGGAGGACAGGAAGUACUCCAGUGAUAUCACGCUGUGUGUGAAUCCAGACAUGAGGACACGCUCUUUUGAGUAGCCGUAUGAUACAUCUCUGGAGGAUUUUUCUAAAACAGAUAACAGACACAGUGAUACCUGAUAUAUGCAUUCAUGCAUUUUAGAACAAGCUUUACUUCAUGAAUGCCUUGACCGGUUUAUUGAACUUGUCAAAGUGACUGUACAUAUAAACAUUCUACUUCAUGAGGCUGAAAAGCAGCUUUAUUCAGUUUGUACAGUACAUCCCUGCAUGUUUGCAUGAGCACAUGAUUUACCCCGUAAGAUCAUGUGUAUCAUUUUGAAAUAAAUGUUUAUUUUUAA